AUGGAAAAUCCUCCUGUUUUGGGAACCACUAAGAUUUUGGUCUUAUGGAAAGAUGGUGACACAUACACCAUGUUUCACUUCUCCUUCCAACAGUUGGAAUUCAGUCAGGGUCUUCGCUAUUCUCAGAGGGCCAGUCUUAGAGGAGAAUCGAGCUGCACCCAUCAUUGUAAAGACCCUUUCCUGAAUUUGCACCUAGAAGUUUCAAUGCUUUGGGAAGAGAGGAAUGUCAUGAUUAUUAGUACUAUAAAGAAGAGCUCAUAUGGCAGUGUUGCUGAGAACUUGAGUGAAUCUUCCAUUCCCAAAAUUGCAAUGAGGCCAAGAUCAAAGUUAUUGGUGUUGGAGGAUAAUGAUAAUUUUAUUGAAAAAAGUGCUGAGACGGUGCAAAAGCUACAACCCCAGGAAAGGGAAUUGUCAGAGAAUGACCAAGGAAGAACCAAGCUGCUCCUCCAGACCUUCCAAGGUCUGGGACUGCAGUCGGGCAGAACUAGAAGCAAUAAAAAAAAUGGGCCGCAGCUGACUGUUACGAUUCUUGGCUCCUUGGAUAGGGUAUUAUCAUUGGAAGCGGCUCAAAAAGCUGUUAGUGUGGGUUACUUGAGUUGCGUCCUUGGAAGUGGUAUUUCAGGGCAGGCUGUUCAAGCACAGGAAGGAAUUGCAGCUUUGAGAGACAAUGUUGGCCCACUGAUUGUCAUCCCAAAUGACAAGUUGCUCACUGCUGUUUCCCAGUCUACUCCUGUGACAGAAGCAUUCAAUUCGGCUGAUGAUAUACUUUGA